AGCUUCCUGUUUUCAUUUGUCCUAGUUUGUCAUACGAUGAAGGCGUUCCAUGCGCCUUAGUUCACUGCGAUUAGUAGUUUUAAACUAUAAAGGUCUAACAAAAACCCUGCAAAAUGUCAUCCAACAGUGGUAUUCAAAUCCCCAGCCGGCUGCCUUUGCUGUGCACUCACGAUGGAGUGCUGUUACCGGGCUCGACCAUGAGAAUCAGCGUCGACACGGCGAGAAACAUGCAGUUAGUCAAGAGCAGACUGCUGAAGGGCACCUCGCUAAAAAGCACCAUCAUCGGGGUUAUUCCUAACACCAGAGACCCCGAGCAUGACAGCGAAGAGCUCCCGUCUUUACACAGUAUUGGCACGGCAGGACUGGCAGUUCAGGUUGUGGGCAGCAACUGGCCAAAACCGCACUACACUUUGCUCAUUACGGGGUUGUGUCGCUUUCGUGUGACCCAGCUGCUGAGAGAGAGACCCUUCCCCGUGGCCGAGGUGGAACAGCUUGACAAACUGGAGCAGUACACAGAGGGAGAUCAGGCUGAUGGAGAGCUGGGGGAGCUGUCACAGAGGUUCUACCAGGCAGCUGUACAGCUGGUUGGGAUGUUGGACAUGUCAGUGCCUGUGGUGGCUAAACUCAGGCGGCUGUUGGAAAGUCUGCCCAGAGAAACCCUACCAGAUGUCCUGGCCGCCAUGAUCCGCACUUCCAACAAAGAGAAACUGCAGGUGCUGGAUGCAGUAGACUUGGAAGAACGGUUUAAGAAGGCUCUUCCGCUGCUCACCAGACAAAUUGAGGGGCUCAAGUUGCUGCAAAAGACCCGCAAACUCAGACCUGACGAUGACAAGAGAGUGUUGGCCAUCCGUAAAGGUGGUGUGUUUCCAGGCCGUCAGUUCUCGCUGGAUGAGGAGGAAGAGGAUGAAGAUGGGGAUGACAUGGCUAUGCUGGAGAAGAAGGUGAAGGCAGCAGCUAUGCCGGAAGCAGCACUGCGUGUGUGUGUCAAGGAGCUAAAACGAUUAAAAAAGAUGCCACAGUCCAUGCCAGAGUAUGCUCUCACCCGCAACUAUCUGGAGAUGAUGGUAGAGCUUCCCUGGAGCAAGAGCACUACAGAUUGCCUGGACAUCCGUGCGGCACGGGUGCUCUUGGAUAAUGAUCACUAUGCCAUGGAGAAGCUGAAGAGAAGGGUGCUGGAGUAUCUGGCAGUGCGGCAGCUCAAGAGCACUCUUAAGGGUCCGAUACUGUGUUUUGUAGGACCACCUGGUGUGGGAAAGACCAGCGUCGGGCGUUCCAUUGCUCGCACUUUGGGUCGAGAGUUCCAUCGCAUUGCCUUAGGAGGAGUCUGUGAUCAGUCUGACAUCCGUGGCCACAGGCGGACAUAUGUAGGUAGCAUGCCUGGUCGCAUUAUAAAUGGACUGAAGACUGUUGGGGUAAACAAUCCUGUCUUUUUAUUGGACGAGGUGGACAAACUGGGGAAGAGCCUGCAGGGAGAUCCUGCUGCCGCCCUGCUGGAGGUUCUGGACCCGGAGCAGAACCACAGCUUCACCGACCAUUACCUCAACGUGCCGUUUGACCUCUCACAAGUCCUCUUCAUCGCCACAGCAAACAGCACGGCCACCAUCCCCCCUGCCUUACUGGACAGAAUGGAGGUCCUCCAGGUGCCAGGAUACACCCAGGAGGAGAAGGUAGAAAUCGCCCAUCGGCACCUGAUCCCUCAUCAGCUGGAGCAGCACGGACUGACCCCACAACAGCUCCAGAUCCCCCAGGACACCACAAAGGAAAUCAUCAGCAAGUACACACGGGAGGCAGGCGUGCGCUCUUUGGAGAGGAAGAUCGGGGCCAUCUGUCGAGCGGUGGCUGUGAAGGUCGCUGAAGGUCAUAGGGUCUCUAGAGCAGAGUCCCCCACUGAACAACAUGCAGACCAGAAUGCAGAGAACAAGGAGGAGGAUUCUGGGAUAGCGUCACCUCCAGAGAUGCCAAUUGUUAUUGACCACAUUGCCCUCAAGGAUAUUCUUGGGCCUCCAGUCUUUGAAAUGGAGGUCUCGGAGCGACUGACCCUGCCAGGUGUGGCGAUAGGGCUGGCCUGGACUCCGAUGGGUGGAGAGAUCAUGUUUGUGGAGGCCAGUCGCAUGGAAGGAGACGGUCAGUUGACUCUGACGGGACAGCUGGGUGAUGUCAUGAAGGAAUCGGCCCAUUUAGCCAUCAGCUGGCUCCGCAGCAAUGCCAAAACCUAUCUCUCUACUAAUGGCAGCGCUGACCCUCUGGAGGGUACCGAUAUCCACUUGCACUUCCCAGCAGGUGCCGUUACCAAAGACGGCCCCUCCGCUGGUGUUACAAUAGUAACGUGCCUGGCUUCGCUGUUGAGCGGGCGGCUGGUGCGCUCUGACGUGGCCAUGACUGGAGAGAUCACUCUGAGAGGACUGGUGCUGCCGGUGGGAGGUAUAAAGGAUAAAGUCUUGGCAGCUCAUCGAGCCAAUCUGAAAAGAGUUAUCAUCCCCAAGCGCAAUGAGAAAGAUCUGGAGGAGAUACCUGCCCAUGUGCGAGCUGACCUGGAUUUUGUUUUCGCCAGCACUCUGGAUGAAGUCCUGAAUGCGGCCUUUGAUGGCGGUUUUCCCGCAGCUGUCAGUCAUCCACAAGUUGUCAGUAAACUCUGAGAUUGUAGAUGUUAGACAAACUCAUGAGCCCAAGACUUUGUUUUUCCUCAUAGGAAGCUUAACGCUAAGCACUUACUCUCACCUGAAGCAUUGAAUACAAGCAAACCAGCUUUUUACAAGCCGACAUUAAUUUUUGUUUAUGAUUUAAUUACAGAAAAUUGAUGUUGACACAUUAUAGGAGUAUAGUUUGGUUCCUGUAGAACUGAUAGCUAAGGUUUAUCUAACAAUUUUUCAAGAUGUUGAUACUGUAGAUCAUUUUUGAGAAUUGUGAUUUAACCAAUAGUGUUCUUCAUUAAAUGAAUUAGACUAAUGAAAGUUCUUAAAAAUACAACUGGAAAAUUUAAAUAUGUUGACAAAUAUGUGCAAUUUAAAGGAAUACAUUUGGAUGUGUCAAACGAAUGGAGGUUAGCAUUAAAUAACUGCCAGAAAAGUCAUUGUGUCACUACAGGAAAUGUUUCUAGAAUCGGUAGCACCCACAAGCCUCAUUCUUCAAAGCUGACGUUUGACCUGCUUUAAUGCGAUUUGUUGACUGUAAUACCUGCAUGACAGCUCUGGCCUGAAAAUGCAAGGCGUGUUUGGAAAUGUUGUAAGAUGUAGAUUAACCACUUUCACUUCAGUCUGUCAGUUCCAUAUGAAGAGCUAAUUUCCACAAACUUUGGUCCUGGAAAACAGCAUAUUUAAAGCUUAAGUUUUUAGGUUAUAUAUAGGUUGAGCUCUAAGAAAAGUAUGGCGCUACUCUAAGCUGGCGUUACUUUUUGAGCAUCCUAACCGACAACACUGAGAUUGACUACAUCUGUAGUCACUGAUUUAACUACAUCUGUCCAACCAGUGGAAGAUAGAGAAAAUCAUUUUGUAGUUCCAUUAGGCAGUAUUAGUGACACAUUUUAGCUUAAAUGUUCAGUGAAGAUCCUUCCAGGAUGUUGGUCAUGAGGAAAAUGCAUAUCAUUAAUUCUGAUGUUAGCAGUCCAUAAGAGCAAACGGCAAAACAGUAACCACUUUGCUUGCAGCCUGGGUUCGAAACAUUUCCUAUUCAUUCAUUUUCUUCAAUAUGACAACAUUACUAAAAAUUCAUGAAAUUAAAAACAUGCUUGAAAUGUUAAGAAAUAAAUGUUGCGCACAAUGAAAUUUAACAUCAGUUGUAAAAUAAUAUUAUAGUUUUAAGGUUUACAUGUUAAAAAGCAAGUUCCACAUUAUCAGACAAACUAACAAGGACAAUGCAAAGUAAGAAGUUGGUAGCCAGCAUGACCAACCAUCAGCUACAAUUCAGAAUGAGCAAAAAAAUCACAGAGGGUAUGAAAAAGAUAGAUUUAUUUACUGGCAAAAUAGAACAAAAACAAAUAAAAUUAGAGAUCAGGACUAGCAACAGUACAAUGUAUCCAUAGAGAUGUUUGGCUUUGCUUCACCCUAUCCUUGCAAAAAAAAAAAAAAAAACAGAAA